AUAACAAAUUCGGCGAAACGUGAUUCAGUGGCGAGGGAAAACUGUUGUGCGAAAUUUAAUCAAUUUUAGUAGUUUAUUAUUAUUUUUUCCAAUUAAUCAACAUGGGAAAGAAACGGAAGCACACCGAGAAUGAGCAGGAUCGGAAGGAUUACGAUUUGCCGGCAAAGCACAUGAACACAAGUCACAUUAGAUCCAACGAACGCCGACUCAUCAUUAUCCUGGAGAGAGCCCAGCUGGAAACGGUGAAGGUUGGUCAGGUAUUCGAACUGCUGAACUGUGACGACCACCUGUCGAUACUGAAGAAGAAUGGCCGAGAUCCCGGCUCCUGUCGACCGGAUAUCACCCAUCAGUCCUUGUUGAUGCUGAUGGAUUCGCCCCUGAAUCGUGCCGGACUGUUACAAGUUUACAUUAAAACCGAAAAGAACGUCCUGAUCGAAAUCAAUCCCCAGACUCGUAUUCCUCGGACUUUCAGACGAUUUGCCGGAUUGAUGGUUCAAUUGCUGCACAAAUUCAGCAUUAAGGCCAGCGAUUCGCCGCAAAAGCUGAUGCGCGUUAUCAAAAACCCCAUCAGCGAUCACCUUCCGGUAGGCUGUCGUAAGUAUGCCAUGUCUUUCAGCGCUUCGGAGGUGAAACAUGCCCGGGAGUUGGUUCCGAAGGUGGACGAACCAGUCGCGCUGGUAGUGGGAGCCUUUGCGCAUGGCGCCUUGAAUUUGGAUUACACCGAGGGCAACUUUUCCAUCAGUAACUAUCCGCUGUCUGCGGCCUUGGCUUGCACGAAGAUUUGUUCCGCUUUUGAGGAGGUUUGGGGGAUAAUAUAGAGCGUUUCACAGA